UCGAACCUGCUCUAUCCCAAAGAAGACCGCGCAACAGCAACCCUCCUCUACGUCUGUAAAGCCUGCCACGCAACCUCACAACACGAUUCAGCAUGCACGUACCGUCAACACCUUGGAGCCAACGUUCAGGAGACAGCUGGAACCACCGCUGAUGUUGCGUCUGAUCCAACGGUGGGUCUUGCCUCUUCCGAGCUGUCCUUCACCAUACAUUCAGUCUGUACGCUCUGCGGAGACGCGUUAAAAUGCAGGAAUUGUGGCCAA